CCUUAUCAGUGAAUCUUAAAAUAUUCUAACAGAGACAUUUGACCUGUUAACGUCACAAUGUUUUGUUCCUUCACCAAUUUUAGAAUAUUAGUGGGAUGGUUAGUGUGUUUCCUGGUAAUUUUCACUACGAGUAUAUAUUUGUUAUCUUCACGCGACAGAAAUGAAAAAGUGUAUACCCGAGCUUCGCUAUUGAAGAGUAGUUUGGAAGAUGCUGCUGCAGGUGUGCGCGAGUUACAAGAGAAGCUACGCGUGUUAGAAUCGUGGAUUCCAAAACAGCACGAAGACGUCACUUUCUUAAAUUACUUAAGGAAAAAACGAAUUGCAAUCACUGGAGGUGCAGGAUUUGUAGGUUCGCAUUUGGUAGAUAAAUUAAUUAGAGAUGGACAUGAGGUUGUGGUGGUUGAUAAUUUCCUCACAGGACGUAGAAAAAAUGUCGAGCAAUGGCUAGACCACGCUAAUUUCGAGCUGAUCCACCAUGACAUUAUUAACCCGCUUUACAUCGAGGUAGAUCAAAUUUACCACUUGGCAAGUCCGGCCAGUCCACCACAUUACAUGGCAAAUCCAGUGAAAACGAUCAAGACGAACAGCUUAGGAACCUUGAACAUGCUCGGUUUGGCUAAAAGGGUAAAUGCGACCAUUUUGAUUGCGAGCUCGUCCGAAGUUUACGGCGAUCCAGAAAUACACCCGCAACCCGAAACGUAUUGGGGACACGUUAAUCCGAUUGGCCCGCGCGCUUGCUACGAUGAAGGCAAGAGAAUUGCGGAAACCUUGACGUACGCGUACGCCAAGAUGGAGAACACCGACGUCCGCGUGGCUCGCAUAUUCAACACCUACGGGCCCAGAAUGCACCUUAACGACGGGCGAGUGGUCUCAAAUUUCAUUCUUCAGGCCUUACAGGGACAUGAUAUUACCAUUUACGGUGGAGGUGAGCAGACGAGAUCAUUUCAGUAUGUAUCAGAUUUAGUCGACGGACUAAUCGCUUUAAUGAAUUCCAAUUAUACUUUGCCGGUAAAUCUCGGCAAUCCCAUCGAGCACACCAUAAACGAAUUUGCAAUGAUCAUUAAGGAGGUGGUGGGGGGUGAUAGUGAGAUAACGCACGUGGCACCGAUCGAAGAUGAUCCUCAAAAACGCAAACCGGAGAUCAGGAGAGCUAAAAAACAUAUAGGGUGGGAACCUAAGGUUUCUUUAAGCGAUGGACUGCAAAAAACUGCGGAAUAUUUUAGAGGCGAGUUAAAACUUUUGUUUGUUAAUAACGCAAGCUUAAGUAGCACGUAGACAUUUCAAUGGAUUAAGGACCAGAAUUUGUAAUUUAUUAUUUAGUAACAAUUUUUGCAGUGAGCAUUCCAAACAACUGUUGACGUCACAUGUAACCCCUCAGUUAUUGUUAUUUACGGGAAAGAUUUUUGAAGCAGAUCUCCUUUGAACCCACUAAAAAUUUUCUUCUUCAUGAAGAGCUUUUAUGUGAAGUGAAAUUAUAUGUAUCAACCUGCUAUAACAUCCCGCACAUUUUGUGAUUUUUUAACCAAA